ACUCCUCUUCCUCUCCACCAAGCUCUACCUACACCGGCGCCCGCCCAUCCAUGAGAGCAGCAAUUCCGCCCACCAUCGCAGCUGACACACCAACGCGAGCUGUUUGGAUGGCACCGUUAUUCCUCGCUGCAGAACCACCCGCCCUCCCUUUUUUCCUAUUGAACACGUACCUCCGCGCGCCGCAGAGCCUCACGCCCGCCGACCCAUGAUUCGCAUAUCCACUCCAACACCACCACCACACCCACCCCGAUAGUCGCCGAGUUGCUCCAGCGUUGCAGCGAGCGGUGCGUCUAGCGCGAGGGUGCGAGCUUCUUCGAGCCAGCUGUCCGCCAUGACUUCGUCGCCGUCGUCGGAACGCGCUGAAGAUGGUCGCCCAGCUUUCAAGGUAGCUUCUGGGGAGAAUGGCUUUCCUUCGCCCCUCACACCUCCCCCAAACACCGGCCUCGAACGCUUCAAAGAAAUCGUCGCGCAGCCCGUCCUCGCCUCCUUCAUAGCCGGCGGCGUCGCGGGCGCCGUGUCGCGCACCGUCGUCUCCCCUCUCGAGCGCUUAAAGAUCCUCUUCCAGAUCCAGAGCGUGGGGCGCAACGAGUACAAAAUGCCCGUCCACAAAGCGUUGGCGAAGAUGUGGAGAGAAGAGGGCUGGCGCGGCUUCAUGGCCGGCAACGGCACCAAUUGCAUCCGAAUCGUGCCCUACUCCGCCGUACAAUUCAGCUCGUAUAAUAUUUACAAAAAGUUCUUCGAAGACUCCCCCGGCGCUGGUCUUGACCCCUACAUGCGCCUGUUCUGCGGUGGGCUUGCUGGCAUCACCUCCGUGACAUUCACCUACCCACUCGACAUCGUCCGGACGCGACUGUCCAUCCAAUCCGCCUCGUUCGCGGACCUCCAGAAAGCAUCCGGCCGGAAACUCCCCGGCAUGUGGUCCAUCCUCGUCACAAUGUACAAAACCGAGGGCGGCUUCUCAGCGCUAUACCGCGGCAUCAUCCCCACCGUAGCGGGCGUCGCGCCCUACGUCGGGCUGAACUUCAUGUCCUACGAGACCAUGCGCGUCUGGUUCACGAAAGAAGGCGACAAGGACCCCAAUGCGCUCGGGAAGCUGGGCGCGGGAGCUAUCUCAGGAGCUUUUGCGCAGACGUGCACGUAUCCCUUCGACGUCCUCCGCCGCCGCUUCCAAAUCAACACCAUGUCGGGCAUGGGCUACCAGUACAACUCCAUCGGCGGCGCCGUCCGCCAAAUCAUUAAGACCGAGGGCUUCCGCGGCCUCUACAAGGGCAUCGUGCCCAACCUGCUCAAAGUCGCGCCCAGCAUGGCCAGCAGCUGGCUGAGCUUCGAGUUCACGCGCGACUUCGUCAUGGGCAAUCGCCGCGAGGGCCACCUAUAGAUUUUCAAGAUACCCCGGAACCUACCUACCUACCUACCUAAAGGUGGGGGGGAAAUAGGCAACCUUCUAAGAUUUUUUUCCACCGGAACCCAUACACACGAUUAAGAAACUCAUGCAAACAACCCAUUAUAUUACCCCCCUGACCACUGAAACAACCGAGAACAACUCCUUGUAUACUGCCCCCCCCCCCCCC